CAAGUCAUAAUAUCAAAAUUGUUUCCUUGUUGGCUUUGUGGUUUCUGCUGUUUCAGUUAUCACUAUUUUCAUCUACUGUUUUGUGCUCUGGACGCAGGGGAAGAAGAGGAGUAACAAAAGACAGCAAACUCAACAGAUGGAAGAAAUGCCACACGGGGAGCUUUUACAUGAAGAAAGCAAAGAGUCUUCUAUCUUGGGGAAACUGGUUUCAAGACUGAAUUAUACAGAAAUUAGUGAAGCAACGAAAAAUUUUAAUGAAGAAAAUGUCAUUGGAAUUGGAAGGAUGGGGACAACCUACAAGGCAGUGUUGCCCAACGGAUGGCUCCUUGCAAUUAAGAGAUUACAUGAUACUUGCCUAUUUGAUGAGCAUUUCAUAACAGAACUGAAGACAUUGGGUAGAUUAAAGCAUGAGAACCUCUUGCCCCUCCUGGGAUUCUGCAUACAGUCAAAGGUGAGGCUUUUGGUUUACAAAUACAUGUCAAAAGGAAGUCUUUAUGAUUGGCUACAUCCUGAGGAAGGCGAGGCAAGAAUCAUGGAGUGGCCCUCAAGGGUCAAAAUUGCAACUGGGGCAGCAACGGGCUUGGUUUGGCUCCAGCACGACUUUCUCGAGGAGGAUGUCUAUUGCUUUGGAAUUUUGCUUCUUGACCUGAUAACCGGAGAGAAUCCUAAAAGCAUGACAACAUCCCCAAACACUUGCAAUGAAACACUCAACAAAUGGGUUGCACAUCUCUCUGCAAGCUCCAACUUCUCUAGCAUUGUCCAUAAAUCUCUGAUGGGGCAAGGAUUUGAUCAAGAAAUCUUUCAGCUUCUUAGAGUUGCAUUGGAGUGUGUUCAGCCAUAUCCAGAUCAAAGGCCAACAAUGCUUCAAUUGUACAAAACACUAGGUGCUAUUGGUAAGAGACAUGGCCUCUCAACUGGCUCUGAGGUAUUGGCAGACACUGGAGAAACUUCUGCGCACAGAAUAGAUGAAUGCAAUGAGGAUGAAAUCAGAGAGCUUUAAAAUAUCUGUUGUUGCAUGUUCGAUGUGACAAUAGAGAAGAUGAAUGCAAUGAUGAUGUAAUUGUGCAUUGUUGAGAUUUAACAAAACAGAUCAUCUAUGGUACCAUGAAUCUAUAAUUGAUAAGGCAUUAUUACAAGUAUUCAAGGCAUUUUCUUUGCUGUGUAAAAGUAACAGAUGUAAUCAAGUCUCUAAGAAUCUGUUUUCUUAUUGGCAAGGCUCCUAGUUCAUGUUUUUAGAACAAAAAUAUAAUAAAAUUUCUUGAAUUCU